GGCUUAUGGCACUCCAGCGGCCCGCCAGUCCACUACAGCAGCCGGAGGCAACAAGUAGCUGGAAAUGAUCAAGGGCUCAUGAGGAGGAGGCACGUUUUCUGGUGGACUUUUGGACGGAGAAAAUAAGCAACCGGAAAAACUCCAGUUUUUGAGGAGGGAGGAACAUGAGGAGAAAGUAAAGCUGAAGUUUUAUUUUAUUCUGCUGGAGAAUGCUGUAGAGCUGCUGGUUCUCCUCCUCCUUCUUUUCUCGGCUGUGUGGACUAUUGUACUGUUUACCUCGCUGAAGUUCAGCGCUGUAGAGCUGCCAGCAGAGCCGUGGGUUUCAUUUCUGGACAGAGCACAUCAUGGCAGAGCACGAAAGUUUGGAAUUUGGGAAGGCGGACUUCGUUCUUCUGGACAAUGUGUCUCUGGAGGAGUUUCUGGCCAACCUUAAACUCAGGUUUGAAAAGGGUCGCAUCUACAGCUACAUUGGGGAGGUGGUGGUGUCUGUGAACCCUUACCGUGCCAUGAACAUCUACGGGCGGGACACCGUCGAGCAGUACAAAGGCCGGGAGCUGUACGAGCGCCCGCCACAUCUCUUUGCCAUCGCAGACGCUGCAUACAAAGCCAUGAAGAGAAGAAACAAAGACACCUGCAUCGUUAUCUCAGGGGAGAGUGGAGCUGGUAAAACAGAAGCCAGUAAAUACAUUAUGCAAUAUAUCGCUGCUAUUACCAAUCCUAGCCAAAGAGCAGAAGUGGAGAGGGUAAAAAACAUGCUGCUGAAAUCCAACUGCGUCCUGGAGGCUUUCGGAAAUGCCAAGACCAACCGCAAUGAUAACUCGAGCCGCUUUGGAAAAUACAUGGAUAUUAACUUCGACUUUAAGGGGGACCCCAUCGGUGGCCAUAUAAAUAACUACCUACUGGAAAAGUCUAGAGUGAUCUUCCAGCAGGAAGGAGAGAGAAGUUUUCACUCCUUCUACCAGCUUGUGAAAGGAGCUCCCGAGUCUUUGCUGCGAUCCUUGCACAUUCAGAAAGACCCCACAGCUUACAAUUACAUUAAAGUUGGAGGCAUGAUCAAGUCCUCCAUCAAUGACAAUGCAGAGUUUAAAGCUGUAGCAGAUGCCAUGAAGGUGAUUGGCUUCACCACAGAGGAAGUUCAUACAGUCUACAGGAUCCUGGCUACCAUUCUGCACCUGGGCAAUCUGAAGUUUGGCAGUGAUGGCGAUGUGACUCUGAUUGAGAAUUCGAAGCUGGUAGCAGUGCUGGGGGAGCUGUUGUCCACUAAAGAGGAGAAUGUUGAGAAGGCCUUACUCUACCGCACUGUUGCAACGGGACGUGAUGUCAUUGACAAGCAGCACACGGACAAAGAGGCCAGUUACGGCCGGGAUGCUCUAGCUAAGGCUAUUUAUGAGCGCCUCUUCUGCUGGAUUGUGGGAAGAAUCAAUGAUAUUAUUGAAGUGAAGAACUAUGAUGCAAGAGUCCAUGGGAAGAACACAGUAAUUGGAGUGCUGGACAUAUAUGGCUUUGAGAUUUUUCAGAACAACAGCUUUGAGCAGUUCUGUAUUAACUACUGCAAUGAAAAGCUGCAGCAGCUCUUCAUUCAGCUGGUGCUGAAGCAGGAGCAGGAGGAGUAUCAGCGAGAGGGCAUCCCAUGGAAACAUAUUGAUUACUUCAAUAAUCAGAUUAUUGUGGACCUGGUGGAGCAGCAGCACAAGGGAAUCUUCUCUGUUUUGGAUGAGGCCUGUAUGAACGUGGGGAAGGUGACGGAUGAGAUGUUUCUCCAGGCACUCAACGGCAAACUGGCCAAGCAUGCUCACUACACCAGUCGCAAGCUGUCCCCAACUGACAAGAGUCUGGAGUUCGACCGAGACUUCCGCAUCCGUCACUAUGCAGGGGAUGUGGUUUACUCUGUGGUGGGUUUCAUUGACAAGAACAAGGACACCCUGUUUCAGGACUUCAAGAGGCUGUUGUACAACAGCUCGAACCCUGUUCUAAAGGCCAUGUGGCCUGAGGGGAAGCUGAGCAUCACAGAGGUCACCAAGAGACCCCUCACAGCAGCCACGCUCUUCAAGAACUCCAUGAUCUCACUGGUGGAGAACCUGGCCUCCAAGGAACCAUACUACGUGCGCUGCAUCAAACCCAACGACGUGAAGUCUCCUCUGCUGUUUGAGUAUGAGCGCUGUAAGCAUCAGGUGGAGUACCUGGGCCUGCUGGAAAACCUCAGAGUGCGACGUGCGGGCUUUGCCAACCGUCAGACCUACCCUCGCUUCUUGCAGAGGUAUAAAAUGAUCUCGGAGUUCACGUGGCCAAACCAUGACCUGCCGUCGGACCGAGAGGCAGUGAAGCGUCUGCUGCAGGGCUGCGGGUUUGAGCACGACGUGGCCUACGGCAAGACCAAAGUGUUCAUCCGCACGCCUCGCACCAUCUUCAGCCUGGAGGAGCAGAGAGCCGAGAUGGUGCAGAGGAUCGUCCUCUUUCUGCAGAAGGUAUGGCGUGGCACGAUUGCCAGGAUGCGCUAUCGUCGGAUGCGGGCUGCACUGAUCAUUCUGAGAGCGUACCGGCGCUACAAGGUGAAAUCCUACAUCAAGGAGGUGAACCGACGCUUCAAAAACGUACGCAGCAUGAAGGACCACGGCAAACACGUGAAGUGGCCAACACCUCCCAAAGUCCUGCGCAGGUUUGAGGAGGCACUUAGGAACAUCUACAACAGGUGGUGGGCCUGGACCCUCAUUAAAGGUCUGUCUCCAGAGGAGAUGUUACAAAUCAGAGCUAAAGUGGCCACGCUGGAGUGCCUGAAAGGUCAGAGGGCAGACCUCGGCCUGCAGAGAGCCUGGGAGGGCAAUUACCUGAAGCGGGAUAGUCCUGAAACAGCAUCUUCUUUCACACUGGUGUCCAGUGAUCUUCAGAGGAAAGAUAAGUUCAUGAGAGUCCUCUUCUCCUGCAAUGUUCGGAAGAUUAACCGCUUCAACAAGGCAGAGAAUCGGGCAGUGCUGAUCACAGAUCGCCACCUCUACAAGAUGGACCCACUGAAACAGUACAAGCCAAUGAAGAGCAUCCCACUCUACAAUGUGACUGGCGUGAGUGUGUCCCCGGGGAAAGACCAGCUGGUUGUCUUCCACACCAAGGACAGCCGGGACCUGAUUGUGUGCCUGCAGGGCAUGGUGCCUGCGGGGGAGAGCCGCAUAGGAGAGCUGGUGGGCACCCUGCUCAGCCACUUCAAAAGUGAGAGGAGGAAGCUCCAGGUGAACAUUGUGAGUCCCAUUCACUGCAGUAUGAAUGGGAGAAAGUGCACGGUGGUCGUGGAGACCAGGAUCAACCAGUCACAGCCCGACUUCACCAAGAGCCGAUCAGGUUACAUCCUAGCAGUACCGGGAAACUGAAGGAUGAUGACGGGCAAUGCAGGAUGUCUCCUGAUGUCAUCAUGUCAAGAUACGGUUCUGCACAGCAUCAAUGUUUAAGCCAUACCAAAUUUGCCUUAAUUAAAGGCAAUGCUUUUUUUGUUUGUUUGUUUUGUUUUUUUGGAACCACAGAUUUUUUAAAGAGGACACUUCAUGUGUAGGAAUAUCCCUGAAUGUAUAUUCCCGCUCAGAAUGAGAUGCAUAAUAAUGAAAGAUGAGAUGAUUCAUCAAAAAAAAGAUGAAAUGCACUUAAUUUUCAAAAAGAUUCUAUGAGAUUGAUGAGGCAUCAUAUUUAUUUACCAUUUUAGCCAAAUGAAGGGACACAUACAUAUAAUAUUUAUAGGAAUCAUGGUAUGCAAGGCUUCAAAAUAUCUAGCUCGUGUUUUGAUAUGCUGGUAAGGGCUGUUCUGUUCUUUAAAGAGAAUAUUUCUGUUUUUGAUAUCGUGUUCGUUUGGGAUCAAGUAUGGCUAUGUUUUGGAUAUGAUAUGUAUAUCACAGCUCCUAGUGGCCAUGUAGCAGACGCAAAGACUUGUGCACCGCAGGUUUUGUAGAGGGAUAUGUUGAGCAUAUCCGUGACGUUCCUUAAGUGCUCAGAGAGGAGCAUUAAAAUCUCUCUUAAAAACUUAAAACUUAAAAACUUGUUAUGCAUAUUUUCAGUUGUGCAGAUGUAAAGGGGAUUAUAUAUUGUUUAUAUAGGUAACAGUUACACAGCUGAAUUUAUCAGGCUGAUGUUAUUAGAAACUGUCAGUUCUAAAAAAAAAAAAAAAUCUAUUGGCUUUAAUGGCAGUGUAGAUGCUUCUAGCUAGAUGUGACUGAAACAUUUAGAGACGUCUUUCUAUUAAACAUCAAUCCUGGAAGGAGCCCAUAGUUGAACCUGCCUUUAGCAGAGCCAUGCUUUCUUCUGCAUUAAGCCACAGUGACAUUAGGCUUCUGUAAGCGAUAUUCUAUAUGGUUGAAAUUGCAUUAAUUUGAAUAUUUAUCACCAUUAGUGAAUUUGAGCGCAAAUGUUUUACUUUUGUUUGGUUGUGCUGAUCUUGAUGCAACCAUGGCCCCACCGCUGCCCCUUCCACAGCGAGCCUCUAUAUGUGAAAGGUCAUUGGAUAGACAUAUGUAAGAUACAUAUGAAGAUAUACUUCAGGAGACCGCAUGGGAAUCCCCACACUUGUGUAAGUCAUGUGGUAUUGCCUUGUAAUUUAGGCUGAACAAGACGUGAUUUAAUUAUCAGAGGAACAGCCUCAUAUUAGGUGCCAAAUGGAUGGGAUGUUCUAUUUCCAAAAACAGAGCUGACAUUUAACAUUCCUCAGUCCAGAUUGGCACGUGUGUACCAGAAAUAUAUCAUAAAGGAAAUUACCACCCACAGUGAACAGCAAAACGGGCGGUAAUGAUCAUGACCAGUGGUAUCUGGCUGGAAUUGUCCGUGCAAACAAAGGAUCUAAUCACCAGCAGUGGACAGCGAAGUGUCUGGUUACAUUAUCAAUUCGAAUCACUCAUUGCCACAAACCACAGCUCUUAUGUGCAGUAGUAUAUUAUAUUAUAUUGUGUUAAAAUUUAGUGUGUGAUACUGUGAUUCUGUGGUUUAACAUGAGUCCGACAGUUGAUUCCUAAAUUAGCUUGCUACGUUUUCUAAUGUGCAUCUAAUGUGACUGCGGCUUUAAUCAGGCAAGAAAAUGCAUUUCAAGGUUAAAACCUGACUCUUAUUAACUCUUAUUAAGACUAAUAACAAUAAUUAAUAACAUGGUACAGUUCUUACUGUAGGCAGAUAAAAUGUUCAAAUUUAUAUAUAUAUUUUUUUUUUUGCAUUUUUGAUCAUUAGAUAUAGUAUAAUUGGUAUGGCAUGAAUGAAGAUUGUAGAUUGUGGGACCUCAUGUGUGCUGAUUGAUGUAUAACUUUGUUUAACUUUGUCGACUCAUAUGAACUGAAUCAGGACUGCGCGGUUCUAAGUGAAAGCUCCCAGAGUGUCUGGCCUAGUUUUAAAGAGACGUUCUCUGAGAGAAGACGCAAGUGCCACUGAACAAAUUGGCUGCUGGUCUUUUGUUCCAUUAUAAUUACUGUUCCAUUGUACUCUUCUAACUGUGGGGUUUGGGAGACCAAAAAAACUUUAAUCAGAAGACUAGGAUCACAGCAGUUGGCCAAAAUAAUUUCUAGCUUAUGUCUGUGUUCAUCUGCGCUCUGUGAUGCUGAAAUGUGUCUAAUUGAUGGGAUGUAGGUUUGCAGAAGGAAAGCCUUGGGCAGUAUUUAAAGGCUGAUCCAGGCAAUAGCUCCUGUUUUAACAAGAGCUGCUCAAUUUAUCAUUUUAGCACCAUCAUUGCAAUUUGCAGUGGUCAUGUUGUAGGAUGUGGAAUGUCAUAAAUGGUAUAUUAAGUCAUACAUGUCAUGAAAAAAAAAUCCAUACUGCUCUUAUUUUACAUGGUAUAUUUAUCAGUACCCAAUAUCAUUUAUUUUACUUUGAUCAUUGAUAAACAUAGUGCAUUAAUACCGUUUAUCAUACCUCAGAUCAUUGAAUUCUAGAGAAAUCAGGUGAAAAAUUCUGUAAUUUUUUAAAAAAGUUGCAGUAUGCAUUAUUAUACAACAAUAUAAUAUUUUUUCCAGUAUCCAGUACAUCCCUAGUUUUAACCUAACCUAAGCCUUCUGAUGGCUCUGUUGCUCAAAUUCAUCCUUGAACAACUUGUAUUCCUUAUGCUCUUUUGUCUUUGUGUAUAUGUAUACGUGUGUCUGAAGCAAUUCGCUUGCAUUAGAACAAAGUGAAAGCUAAAAAAUGUGGUGUUGCCCCUCGUUCAUCAUCUCCCUUGUCUUGUCUCUGUGCUCUUUGUCUUUGUCCCUGUGUUGUCUCUAUCUAUCUGUAUUGUGUCUUUUGGCUGUAUGCCCUGGCUGGGUAAACUCUGCCACCGUGCAUAGUGGGAGAGAGAAAGACAAAACACAACGUACCCCCAUGCCAUGAGGAGAGCGAGCCAGACGCUACAGCCGUUUCCAUCCCUGUGGCCUUGGCACUAAUACAGCACACUCCCAGCUUACAUAUUCCUCACUAUUCGGAGGCUGCUCGCCAGCAGAACAGAGAAUAUAAUAAUUAAUGAAUUACUUAUGGAUGGAAAAUUACCAAUGCACGCACUGCCCACAAAUAUUAGGUAGGCAGACUUUAUAAAGUAAACUGAAGGAUUUAAGAGUUUAAGUACGUUAAUAAAUUAUAAAUAAUUAAUUUGUGAUUUGGCCUCACCCUUUUGUGAUGUGCAAGGUAUAAACCAGCCAUUACAAACCAGUUUUAGCAUUUCUCAGCAUGGUUAACGUUCCAUACCUGAGGCCACAUAAAACAUAACAUUUGGUGGGAGGGCUUAAUAAUGUAGGGACUUUCUGAUUGGCUUCUCAUUUGCAUCACUUUUUUGCCAUUAGAUCAAGAAUCUUUAUAUUUCCAGUAAAGAAAAUAUAAGAUUGUCUUCAGAGCAAAUCUAUGUUUUUUUGCCUCCUACAUUCAGCUUUUUUAGUGUUUAGUCUUUGCUACCUUGCUCACAAUAAAGAUUUAGCUAAAGUAUAAAAAACUAUUUGUUUCACUUCAUUCUCAUGUACUUAGUAAGCUUAGUAAGUUUUUAUAGAGGGCAUUAAUAUCAGUUACCAUUUACCUAAGCACGCUGGAACUAAAUACUGGCUACUGAAAUUCAGUAGUAAUUCAGUCACUACCAUUAAGGUAUCCAGCUCUUUCCUAUUCAUUUAGGUUACCGUCGCAUCAGCUACCGGAGCCCUGAGAGAGCACAAUUGCUCUUGCUCUCUCUGAGUGGGUAGAUGGUGCUCUCUCCCUACAUCACUCUAAAGGGUGAUGUUGAUCAGCACAAGGCGUCUGUGCACUGAUGUAUCAGAAUCGAGUCGCUGCGCUUUCCUCCAAACGUGCUGUGAUGCAUCAGCAGCAGUUCGAAAAGAGCCGGUGGUGGCUGACUUCACAUGUAUAAGAGGAGGCAUGUGCUAGUCUUCACCCUCCUGGUGUUGGGGUAUUUCUAGUGAUAGGGGGAGUCCUAAUGAGUGGGUUGGUUUAAAUUGGGGUGAAAAUGGGAUAAAAGUAUAUUAAGUAAAAUUAUUUCCAAUAACCACCAUAAAUCUUAAAUGUAACACCGUGUAGAGUCAGCUUUCAAAUAUGUUGGGUUAAAUUGAGCUUUGUCCAGCCAUGCAACUGUUGCUUCAUUAGAAUGUGGUGGUGGGUGGAGCAUGUGAAAAAGUCAGCUGACCCUAAACGGUUUUCCCAGCAUAGUUAAUUAAAACAUCUGAAGAUUUGAUAGCAGUUUGAUAUGGUUUUUAUUCACAUUAUUUAUUUUUUAUAUAUUUCUGCUUUGAGUUUUUUAUCAUUUCUGUUAAGAGAAAUAAAAACAUGAUGGAUGUUGGCCCAAAAGGCCACGUCAUCAUUAAUCAACAGCCAGAUACACUUGCACUUUUGCUCAUGUUCAUAAUUUUAUAACAUAACUGUACAUUACAUUAACCUGCUCUCACUCUGUUCUCACUUACAGACAGACUCCCUGGUUAUUUUUUAUUUGUUAUUGGUUAUUUGUUUAUUGUUCUAUAAAUCUGCUCGUGUCUGAUUAUGAUAAUGAUGAGUCGAGUAGCUUUAGCGCCAUGAUAACCCCUCAGCACCUUUGUGUUUCUUGCUCUAAUAUAUGUAUAAUUUUGCUGUUUAAUUUUUUUUUUUUUUUCAGCUAAAACCAAUGUAUGUGCCUAAUUGUAUAUUUCAAAUAUUUAAUAAACACAUUAUUAUUUUAUUUGAUUGUUGUACGCAGAAUUCAACCAAAUGUAAGGGAACAUUGUGAAAUGUUUAUUGUGUAUGUUUCAAUUCAUACGUCUUGUUUUGCUAUUUCAAACCUUAAUUAAAAGCCAUUUUUUGCUUUUAUUCAGGAUCCAGAACUAAAAUUAUGGAAACACAUCUGAUCUGUGCUGUUAUCUAAUCUUUAAAGAACAACUGACAUCUUUGUUGUCCUGUUUUUUUUUUUUUUUUUUUUUUUUUUUUGUAAUACCACGUGGGUUUAUGACAUGCUGUAACAAAUAUCACUGCUCAAAUAAACAUGCCCUUUCCCUUAAAGCACCCAAACCAA